AUUAUGAAUCAAAACAUGAAUUUAAGCUCUGUUCAGAAACUGAUGGAAGAGACAGAGUUUAUUGGGACUGAACCAAGACAACCUUAUAAAUUAGCUGGAGGCUGCCAACCAGGUGGCCAUCUCUCUAAUUCAAAUCUGCAACCUCAAAGUUUCUACCCAUAUUCAUCUCAUUAUCCAUAUAUGCAUAUGAAUGACAGCAUUGAUUGGGAAUUUUUUGAAGCAGUAAAAAUUCAGGAACUGGAAGAAGUCAAAGCCAGAGCUGCUCAAAUGGAGAAGACCAUGCGCUGGUGGUCAGAUUGUACCGCUAAUUGGAGAGAGAAAUGGAACAAAGUUAGAGGAGAAAGAAAUAAAGCCCAUGAGGAAGCAAGACAAUUGAGAAUAAAGUUAGACAAUGUUGUAAAAGAACUGAGUAUGCUUAAAAAAGUAAAUCAAGAUGGAGUAAGUGAGAAGGAAAACUUAGAAAAUGCUACUGCUUGGAAAACUGAAUUCAGUUGCACAGAAAUACCUUAUAUUAAAAAAGACCUAAAUCAGUUAAUGUUUCUGGAACGAGAACCUGUGAAAGAACCAAGCAAAACCAACAAGAUUCCUGGGGCAGAAGACAGAAAGAAGGAAGUAGAGGUAAUCAAAGACCAAAGCAAUCACAAUAAAAAAAUCACUCCAAAGCCUCCUGAUUCCUUUCCCAGUGGAGUUCCCAGCAUCUGCUUGGAGAAACCUUAAAAAAGUUUGGACAGUACAUCUAAGAAAACAGAGAAUGGUCUAAUACAUGUUUCAGUCUUGCAUUUGCAUUUGGCUGAGAUGCAGAAAAUCUUAAAAAAGGAAAAAGAAAUGUACGUAUUUAUGGAAAAAGAAAUGGAAAAGCUAGAGAGUGAAUUAUUUCUUUGGAAAUGGAAAUACGAAGAACUGAGACAAACGAAGCUGGAAAGCCUGAGACAGCUGGAAAGACUACAGUCUGAGAAUACGUCUGAAUGGGGAAAGAGAGAGACACCUGAAGCAGAAAAACAAUGUUUGGAAGGAGAGAACAGAAGACUGAAAUUGCAGGUAAAAGAAAUUCUGGGACUUCUGGAGAUAAAAAAUAAAACAACACUAAAUUGAGUUGUGAUUAUCCAAAUGCACAAAGUAAGCUGCUGGUUAAAAAUAAGG